GGGUAAUAUUGAAGUCGCGCACGGUUAGUGGUAACAGACGUGAGAGUGAGUACACUUGGAUACGAAAGUGGGAACGAGAGUCAGGGGUAUAUUUUGUAAGGGCAGAUAUUGCCGAAAUAGGGGAGGAACGUCACGCGGAUAAGAACUUAUCGUGGUCCGACGGCGCGACCGGCACCAAAUCAUAAUUUUCUAAAAUGUGACUCGCGGCUAAUGACGAAACGAAAUAUAUUGUAUAAAAUUUCAUUAGUUUAGAAUAGUACUGCGCACGCAAAUCGGAUAACAGCUUUCUCUCCUCUCGACGACGACAUCGUGUAAUAACCCUGGACGAACGACAACCUUUCAUGUGAGUGACAAGCGAAAAAUCCGUGCCGUUACAUCAAGUUUAAAUAAUGUGCCCUCGUUUACUAAUAGAAAAUAUCAUUAAUUCAAGAGAUCGUUGUUAAAUGAGCGUCGAAAAUAUUAAAAUUUAUAAAAAAUUCAAUAAACGAAAACAGUCUUCAGUACAACGUGACGCAAGUAAAUUGUGAUGAUGGAGUACAAGAAUUAUGACUAGUUUUUUAUUAUUAGAACAAGUCACGUCAGGUUUUGUUUUGCUAAAAACAGCAAAAAGUUUUUUUAUUUAUGAUAAAGGUGUGAGAAUAAUUGCGAGGGUUAAGGAAAAAAUAAUAAAGUUGAUAACGACUCCCCGACGUGCCAGACAAAGGAUCAUAAGAUUAAGAUAAAAGGCUAAAAAAAGUAUACGAUUGUAAUACGCAAGAGGAACGCUAUCAAAAUGAAGUUUGAAAUAAUUAUGAAUCGAGAGCGGAACCUAGAGCUUUUUGGAAAGCUUAUCCGGACCAAAAAAAUAGAAAAUCUACAAGGUGAUCAACGGAGGAGAAGCCAUGAACCUGCUAGCUCUAAUGAUACCAAACAGAAACUACAGAAGUGCCUGACGACUUUAGACUUAACGUCUCUUGGGGUUGGUUCCUGCGUUGGAACAGGAAUGUAUCUGGUAUCGGGAAUGGUAGCUCGAAGUGUCGCUGGACCAGGUGUUAUCAUUUCAUUCAUCAUCGCAGCAAUUGCUUCCAUCUUCUCUGGUGCAUGCUAUGCAGAAUUUGGUGUCCGAGUGCCUCAUACAACUGGUAGUGCAUAUAUGUACAGUUACGUGACAGUGGGCGAGUUAAUAGCAUUUAUAAUUGGAUGGAAUAUGGUGUUAGAAUAUCUUAUUGGUACCAGUGCAUGUGCUUGUGCCCUGAGCGCUUGUUUGGACGCCUUGGUGGAUGGUGCAGUUUCCAGUGCCAUUGCCAACAGUGUUGGCACUUUUUUUGGAAGGCCACCAGACUUCACAGCCUUCGUAAUCACGCUAUUGAUGAUGGUAUUGUUGGUAGCAGGAGUCCGAAAGUCCUUGGUAUUUACCAAUGUUUUAAACGCUAUUAAUCUUGCUGCGUGGGUUUUCAUCAUGACCGCUGGAAUGUUUUACGUUGACUCAAAUAACUGGUCGGAGCACAAAGGAUUUUUACCUUACGGUUGGAGCGGGGUAUUCACUGGAGCUGCCACGUGCUUUUACGCUUUCAUUGGUUUUGAUAUCAUUGCAACAACGGGUGAAGAAGCGACCAAUCCAAAACGGAGUAUUCCAUUAGCUAUUGUUACAUCAUUACUCAUCAUUUUGACUGCUUAUGUAACCAGCAGUAUGGUUUUGACAUUAAUCAUCCCAUACGAUCAAGUUGACCAAGAUUCUGCAUUAGUAGACAUGUUCGGCCAAGUUGGGGCUUAUAAAUGCAAGUAUAUCGUUGCACUGGGGGCAGUUGCAGGAUUAACUGUUUCUAUGUUUGGGAGUAUGUUUCCAAUGCCUAGGAUAGUCUAUGCAAUGGCGCAGGAUGGUCUUAUAUUUCGUACUUUCAGUCAACUGUUGCCCUUAACAGGCACUCCAGCAUUAGCAACUUUAACCUCUGGUGUAGCUGCCGCUUUUGUUGCGCUUUUAAUUCAGUUAGACGUCCUCGUGGAAAUGAUGUCAAUUGGUACUCUGUUAGCUUAUACACUAGUAUCUACGUGCGUUCUUAUUCUUCGUUAUCAACCUCACUCGACAAAUCUAAUUGAGUUGCUGCCUCAAAGCCUUCGGACACCCUGCCGAUCGCCACCAAAAGAGACUCAAAGUAAUGCCCCUGCAACGUAUAGUAAAGAAGUACGUCCUGAUCAACUUACAAGUGCUUUGAACUCUGUACAUGCAACUCAAACUGAGCUUACAACGAAUAGUAAUGGACAGCGCGUCACUGUGCGACGUGUUCGAAGAGCAAAUAGUUCCUCUCCAGAAUCAGACGAUACAUAUGGUGCGGAAGAAGAUGACGUUGGUCUGGGUAAAGAUGAUCAAUAUCUUGUCAGCGAUAGGACAGAAAAUAAAUUUUAUGGUAGCGUUCAUGCAGCAGCGGCUGCUUCUAGUUGCAGUAGCGCUCAUCAGUAUCCUGGAACCACUCCAAUUAUUGGGCCUCCUCUCAAUUACCUUCAGCGACGAUUACAGGCCGCACAAUAUUUAUGUCCGGCAAUAUUUCCAUGGGUAGAUCGAGGACCAGCAACUGAAGCAUCCGGUCGCUACGUCAUGAAGAUGGUUGCAAUACUAUAUUUACUAAUUUUAAUAUUCGACUUCAUUAUAGUGGUCGGCAUGGGCAACAUGGGAACUUUCACAACAAUUCUUCUGUUUUGUUUCUUAUUUGCCAUUAUUGGAGUGUUGCUGGCAAUAAGUAGAAAACCACAAAAUAGAAGUACCGUAAUGUUCAUGACUCCAGGACUUCCGUUCGUACCAGCAAUAGCAGUGACAGUUAACAUUUACCUCAUUUUCAAACUUAGUAUUUUAACUCUAGUCAGAUUUAUUGUUUGGAUGACAUUAGGUUUUAUCAUGUACUUCUACUACGGAAUAAAGAACAGCACUUUAGAACAAAAAGAUCCUGAUGAUGUGAUUAAUUCCAACGACAACGUCGGUAAUAUAGAAUUAAAAAUUACUGAUCACGCAGGUGUAUCACCAUCUCACCGACACGCGAAUGGUCAGGAUCGCAGUAUUUACGAAGGACAACAGCUUGAUGCAUUUGGUCAGCCUGUAUUUGGUAGCACCAAUUUCGGUGGUUCUAAUGCUACAGCACAAUCACAAGCUAAGUCUCAAGGCUUUUUUGUUCCUGAAGAUAAUUUCCCAUCUUGGGAUGAUUAAGUAUAAAAAUAAAAUAUAUAUGCUGGUGACCAUGUAUUAUACGCGUUAACGUUGUGGCCAUAAUAAAAAAUAUGAGAUGAUUGUUUUACGUGAUAAAGAUUCGUAUAUAAACAGAGAGACAUUUCUUCGCGAAAUGCAACUUUCACUAAAAUUGAAGCAUAUGACAAGGCGUUUACUAAUUAAUCCAUCGACUUCCAUUUAUUUUCACUUGACGUGAGAUAAUGGUAAUAGAUAUAUAAGACCAUUGCCAAUUUAUGUUUAUUCUAUUGUUUGUUAGAUAUAUACUGUUAAAUGAGUUUCAUUGUCAAUUGAAUUAAUGCGAUAAAAAAAUAUGUAAAAGCAAUCGACUGUUUGCGUUCAAAGCAUAACAUAUGAGAAUAAUGCAUGAUAUAGUUGAAUGAGCGAUAAAAUGGUACCAUUUAAAUUAUUAUACUCGGUUGUAUGUAAACACAAAAUCUUUCAUAAAUUCGAAUAAUAUAAAUUAAGAUCUUAUAAUCAAGCUUCCAAUGAAACUGCAACAAUUUUUGAAUUAAUGAAAAAAAAAAAAUUAAUUUUUGCAUACAACUUAUAUGGAUUUCUUAGAUUUAAGAACGUUUUAUGCCUGUUAAAUUAUGUGAAUAUACAGUUACAUAUCUAAAUAUCAGUUAUAAUGUCACAUAAUCAAAUAUCAUGGUCACAAUGAAAUGGUACUACACAGUUAGAAAUUUUGUGUAUUUGUGUUAAAAAAUUAUUUGGUUGGAUUUUUGGUUGAUUUCCACACAGAAAUCUGUUAAUCCAACACAAACCGUUUGUGUUAUUUUACUUUAGCUGAUUUUUUAUAUUAAAUGAUUAGAAAAUAUGUAAUGUAACAAAUUUCUUGUGUUAUUCGAAAAUUAACACAAAAUUUGUGUUGUUUAGUUAAACACUCCCGCACGUUUCUUCAUUACUAUAACCAAGCAAAGCAUUUCCUGGCAGACCUGAUUCACCGUAAAUUUGCGGUAUUUUAACUGUAAAUAUACCGUGGAAUAGGUAAAUACCCGUAAAAUUUGGACAGAUUUACCGUAAUUUCCGGUAAGCUACGGUAGAUUUACGGUAAAUGGGUAAACUACGAUGGGUUUACCGUAAAUUACGGCAUAAUACCGUAAAUUUAUCGCAGAAUGCGGUAAAUCUACCGUUAAAAUUCAGGUGGAUUACCGAAUUACCGUAAUUUACGGCGGAUGGCCGUGUUUUGCGGUGAAUUACCGUAAAUUACGGGAAAAUCACCAUAGAUCGCGGUAAACCCACUGUACAUUACGGUAAACCUACCGUAAAUUACGGUAAAUCAACUGUAAAUUACGGUAAACCCACCGUAAUUUGAGUCCGUUAGGAUUGUAACGGCAUUGUCUGCAAGGAAACUUGGAUUAUAGUUGAUUUACAAUUAAAAACAAUCGUAGAUAACUUUCAUAUUUUUAUGAUUAGAUUCAAUGAUAUUUUAUCCUCAUUUUACGAGAGGAUAAUUCAUAGCUCUGUUUUUUCAGAAAAAUCACAGAAAAUCGAACUAAUUGUUUGCUAAAGUGAUAUAAGUUGUACUUAGGUUCGAUCAGUAUACUUGAGUUGGUUAGGUCGUGCUUAUAUUUAUUAGUUAAUUUGAACACGAAAAGUCUGUUAAAUUUACACAAAUUUUUUGUCAAAAUGACAGAUUUUAUGUGUUCAGUUAUCUAACAUAAUAUUAGUGUUGAAGAUCGACACAAACACAAUGUCUUGAUUUUAACACAAAAUUUCUAACUGUGUACAGUUAAACUCCAUUAACUCAGACAAUUAGUCUACGGGGGAGCGGAAGUUUUUCGGAGUUUCCGAGUUAUAGAAUGCCCAUUCUCCAUUAUAAGUAAACUAUACGCAUGCGCUCUUACUUCUAUAUGAAUGAUGCAGAUACACACUUACAAAUGUCUAGCAUCGGGUGGGAGGCAGCGUAGCUCAUAGUGGGGGUCAAGAUUGAGGGGAAGUACCAAGACAAUGGAAUCUGAGUUAAUGGAGUUGACUGUACGUCAAAAUAUCACAGCCACAUAUGUGAUAUUUUGCCGUGUAAUAUUGUGACUGUGAUAUUUGGUUGUGGUAAUUAUAUCCAGCAUGUGGACAAAAAAAUAUAAAAUUAAUAUAAUCGAUAUAUAAACAAAUUUUAAACAAAUUUAACUCUAAUCGCCGAUAUAAAAAUAAUAUUUAACUGUUUGUUAUAAAAAAAUCUAAGUAGCUAUAUUGCCCGAUAUUAUCACACACGUAUCAGUAUAGAAAUUUAUUAACUUUGAUCAUAUAAUUUAUGAAGAAAAUAUUCAGUAUAUCAAUACUGUUGGCUGGCACGACAGUAUUGCUUUUAGUGGCAGAUACAAAUUUUCAAUAAUUCAUUAUUCUUGAAUUAUACUUAACAAACCAUAACAAGCAUAUCAAGUUUAAAUUUAAAAUCAAUACCUGAACUACGUAGAUUAUUCAUUUUUUAAUCAUAUUAACAGUUAAUAUCCUUCUAUCGACAAAAAUUAUAAAAAAGCCACUUAAAACUUUAUCAUGUGAAAGAACAGUGCCUGUACCUUAAUUAACCAUAAACCUUUGUUUGAUUCCGAACCUCAGUUGAAGUGGAAAUAUUGUAAAAGUUAUAUAUUUGAAUAUAGUCACAAAAAAUUCGAGUAUAAUAUAAUAGCGCACGGGUUUUUCAUGGAUUCAAUAUUGACUCUCAAGUGCAGGGCUUAAAGUUUAAGUAAGGGAGGUCAGAGCAAAAUAACGACGUUAAAAUAGAUAUUUUCGGUAUGUAGAUUUAAAACGAAGGUUCGCGGUAUGCAUUAAUUGGCAACACGUCUUAGAUUAUGACGCAUUCUCAACGAAAAUUAGUACAUACAGAUGUAGGCACGAGUUGAUAAUGUAACAUAACCUAUGACAAGUAUUGACAAUACAAGUAUACCGGAUUUCGGCAGUGUUACAUGUCUGCUCACAAAAUCUCUACUUAACGAAAAUGGUUACAAUUCUACGCAUUUACUUCUUUACUCAGCCGCAACUGCACUCAAGUAUUUUUUAACACAGCUUCAACUCUACUCACGUAUUUUAGCCUAUCGAUAAAAUAGAAAUUUUUUGUGAGUGAAAUUGUAGCUGAGUUGAAAAAUAUUUGAGUAUUGAAGCUGAGUUUAUAGUAAUUUGUGCUACAUGUGUACUAAGGAACGAAUAAUUUGAGAAUCAUGUUGUCGCGUCAUGAGCGUAGAUCUUACCCUAGCGGAUCCGAAUUACGGUAAAUUACGGUAAUUACCGCAAUUUACGGUAAAACAUGGUAACUUACCGUAAUCUACAGUGGAUUGCGGUAUUUACCGUAAUCCACAGUAAAUUAUGGCAUUUUACCGCAUCGCCGUAAUUGACCGCAGAUUAGGUCACAUACGGUAACACCGUAAAUUGCCGUACUUUUACCUCAAUUGCGGUAAUUCUGCUGGAUACCGUAAAUUAGAGUAAUUACGGUAAUUUACCGCAAAUUGGAUCCACUAGGGUAUGAUGCAUUGACAUGAGGACGAGAGAAAAAAUCUAUUUUGAUAUAAUAUUCGAGCACUGAAUUCUUUUUCGAAAGCUAUUACAUGCCAGCAUAACAUAUCAAAUUUUUUAGCUAUCAGUGUGACCAGUCCUAAGAAAAAAAAUAUUUGUUAAUGAUUUGAAAACUAGUUGAGAGAAAAAUUUCGAAUCUUUUAAACUCUUCCGAUUUAAAAGUACAGACAUUUUUAAAAACAACAUCGAAAUGUACACAGAGGUGUUAAAUUCGUUAAGAUACUUCUUAUUUUGCUCGAUGCUUCCCUGUAUGUCUGUUUUUAUGAAUAACUUCAAAUUUUGACUUCAUAAUUUCUUCAAGUUUUAAAUUCACUUACUGGAAGACCAAUAAAUUUUCCAAAAUUUGAAGACAGUAAUUCUUAAACGUUGAUUACUUUUUGAAAAUACAUAUAAGUCAAAGUAAACACGUCAUUUUUUUUCUGUUUUUUUGGACUUAAAAUGUACUUUCGUAGGAAAAUUGAAAAAUUACUAAGUUAAUUUUCUGCUUUGGUUUUUAAAUAAUCGAUGAUUUAAAAGAAAAGUAAAAUUUUUCAAUCAUUCACAAAAAAAAUAAUGAUUUUCAUUUAGACAAUUUUAAACCUGAUCCGACAGCUGGAUUACUAUUCGCUCUGUUUUUGUAAACUUAAAAAACGUAUAUUCAAUAAGUCGUUGUUUUAUCGGUCGAUUUUCUCGUGAAAAUAUGAUCGAUUUUAUGCAUACUUAACUUCGUUAUUUUUUUCCUAAUCGAACAAAUUUAAAAAAAAAAUAUACGAUCUAUAAAAAAGUUUUUAUGUCGCGUAAAUAAAAUGUAUAGAUUUUCUGAGACAUGUUUAAAAAAUUUAUAGACAGCUAAAACUUCUUUUCUCGAAUUUUAAAAAUAACUCCCUGAACAAUUAAGAUAAUAGGAUGAAAAAAAAAAAAUAGCUGCUACUUUUAAUAAAGAUUUCAACAUAUCAAGAGUAUAUUUAACAAAAAAAUAUUUGGGAUUAUGGUCUCAAUGAUUUGAAGAGGAAUAUCCCGUAUAUACAUUUUUCCUUCUCUACAAAUUACUUAUCUGUAUGCAAUAAAUAUUUACGACAAUUAUACGGGAAUUUUUCAUCGAAACAUUAUUUUGAACAGAAUUAAAUAUAAUUAUAAAUGAAUGAUUGAACUUUCGAAUCACGGGGAUGUAUUUAUUUGAACACUUGUUUUAUAUUUCGAUAAUUUACAGAUUGCUAAAUAGAUCGUAUGUAUGGAGCAAUUAUUAUGAAUGAAAUUAUUUAAAAAAUAACAAAUUUUCAAAAAAUUGGUAGUCGAAUGAAAAUUGAAACAAUUAUGACAUAUGACUGUACGCAAUAAUUACAUUGAUACUUUAGUUAGACUUUCGAAUUCUUAGAUAGGAGGAAGAGGCCUAUUUAAAUAUAAUUAUAUAAAAAUGGAGUUUUUGUAAAGAAUGAAUGUAGAAGCAGUAUUUGUUUUAAAAAAAAAAAAUAGUUAUUUGAAUUACCGAGUGAUAUUUUGACGGAAUACAAUAAAAUUUAAGGAAAAAAAAUUAAUGUUUCCAGCCCUGGUGAAUCCGAACUACGGUAUAUUACGGUAGUUUACGGUAAAAUACGGUAACUUACGGCAACUUACGGCAACAUACCGUAAUUUAUAAUCGGUAAAUUACGGCAAGUACGGUGUUUUACGGUAAAUUAAGGUAUUUUGCGGCAAAAGUACGGUAUUUCAUGGCGAAACUAUGGUAUUUUUACCGUAAACUUGCAGUAAGAGAGCGGUAAUUUACCUUAAAAUUGCGGCGAGCCGGCGAUAUUUUACCGUAAAGUAAAAAAUUGCACUAUAAGAACUAUUAAAAUAAAAAAGCUCACGGUAAAAAUGCUGCAAAUCACGGUAAAUUGCUGGAAAUUACCGUGCAUUGUUGUAAAUUGCCGUAACAUGUCGUUAAUUACCGCAAAUUGAGUCAAAUUUGCUGAAAAACUACCGGAUUUUACGGCAAAUUGCGGGAAAUUACCGUAUUCCAUCGUAAUUCGGAUCCACCGAAGACGCGCAAUAUUAUUCUUAUUGUUGUUAUUAUUUCUAUUGUUAUUAUUAGAUAACUCCGUUGAAUAACUGACAAAUUUCACAACCUACGUUGUAUUUAUAUAUUAUAUUGUUCAGUUUAAAGAAUUCAAUUACCAACUUAUAAAGCUUUCAAAAAUGAUUGAUGAUGCGAAUUUCUAAAUAAUGAGUUUAUGUAUUCACAUUAUUUACUAAAAAUUUUUGUUAAUCCAUACAGUGAAGUGUAUACACUAUUGCUAUUCUAUAAUUUACUCCCGUCUUUUGUCAACGCAAACUCAUUGAGAGAAAACUAUCCUUUCCAAGAGAAUAUCUAAUGUAUGCAUUGUGAGAAAUAUUUAUUUUUGGUCGUAUCAUUUUCGAUCAAUGAAAGAUAUGCUUUCUUACCAUGAAUUGCAGAAAGAAAUUUAACAUCUACACGGAGAAAUUAUUCUCUUCCCUAAUUGAGAAACCUAAUUUUAAAUAAUUCAAACACGAUCCGAAACAAUUCAAAGUUGGAAAAAAUGACUAUAUAUAGAUAUACAUUUUAGCAUGGAUUGAAUCAUUCCAAAUGAGAUUUCUGAAUCAGGGUUUUGAAAUGUGGGUCACCCAAAGAAAUUGAAAUAAACACAUGCAAAAAUUACUAUGGCCAUAGUAAAACUGACAAGGAAUUCUAUUACUAAUUCCUGUAACCAUGUAAAUUUUACUAUGACCAUAGUAAUUUUUCCAUGUGUUUAUUUCAAUUUCCGUCAGGUGGCCACCAUGAUUAGACUUUACUAUGACACUAUUGAAUUUCAAACAAGAAUAAUUUCUCCGGAUAAUUUUGGAGUAGACAAAAUUUUUUGUUUUCCCUUUUUGACAAAAAAUAUUCUUAUAAAAUUUUGAAAAAUUAGAUAGAAAAUUUAAAGUAACAGAAUCUAAUUUCAGUGUCCACCUAGCAGAGAAAUAUCAUUAGAAAAAAUAAAAGAACUAAUAAUUCAGAUUAUAUUUUUCUCCGUAAUGAGUAAAAAUUAAAAAAGUAAGCGAAAUAUUUAUUGAAAUCAGUUUCUUAAUUGGUUUUGUAUCGAGGAUUAAGAAAGUUAUGGUUUACUUCCAUUUAAUUGUUUAAAAUUUAUUACUAUUUUAAGAAAAGGUAUGCAUGCGUGUAAAGUUGCCACUGUUAACUUAUAUUUGAAGAGUUACCAUUGUUUGAGGAGAUAAUUAUAACAUUUGAAGCAUAACUUAUUGCGAUUAAUAUCUCUAUUAAUUUAUUGUAAAGAGCGGAAUUCGUCUCUUUGAAUUAUAACGCACAGAUAUUCUGAAAUUGGUCAGUAUAUAAGUUAUACUAACGUUACUAUAUAUAUAGUUUAAAAAAUAGUAUAUCGAUGAGAUAAAAUUGAUCAGAUGGGCAAGAUAAUGGAAAUGGAUAUGAAAAAAUAAAGUAAAAUUGUAUGAAUUGAAAGAAAAAUUUUCAUCUCCAUCCAUCACAUUAUAUGUUAACCAUAAACUGAUCGCUUCCUUAAUACAAUAAAGAAAAAAAAAUAGCUAAUCGUUUUAAUAAACAGUAUAAUAAAAUGCAGCAAUAAGUACAGGUUUUUUUGUUUAUUGUUUUUAUAAUAAAAUUAGUUUGAUAUAAUUGUUUCCUUUGUAAAAAAAAAAUUCGGUAGAUCUUAGUUUUUUACAUACAUGAGCAUGUGAAUAAUUGGGGAUGAUAAUUUUUCAUCUAAAAUGUAACCUUCCGUAAUUACGUUAUUUAUAUUGAUAAGAAUUCAAAUAAAAAUGAUAAU